AUGGUUGAGGAAGAAGAUGGCAUGGAAUCGUUCGACUUUGAUGAACGCGAUCUUGAAUUCGCAUUGAAUCCUGGUCAACGGCAUUACCAAACCAAGAAUCAGGCAACAUAUGGUGGGGCCAAGGAAGUGGAAAAGAAUGGCGAACCGAUCGAAAUCACCUUCAAGAGGGAAAGAAAGAAGCAGCCAACUGUUGGAGCGAAUGUUUUUGCAGGAAUACGAAGUUCUGCAGUAAAAGCUGCUGUGGAUCCAAAUGUUUUUGGUGACUGGACCAAAUUCGGCAAAGGUGAAGUAGUGAAGAAUAUGAUGAAGGCUAUGGGUUAUAAAGAGGGAGAAGGUCUCGGUGUUUCUCGACAAGGAAUUGUUGAGCCAGUGCAGGCUAAGGUUGUUCAUAAGAUCAUGUCUGCAGUCCAUACUCCAUCUAAUCCAGUAUUUCAAAAUUUUCAAGAAUCAGCCUCCGAAACUCAACAAGAAACUACCAGAGUGGCAGAGACGUCAGCGCCACUCUCUAAAGGAGCAUGGAAGAAAGCAUCUAAGAUCAAAACUCGAUACAAAACUAUGGAUGAAGUUAUUGAAGAAGGUGGAUCGAUAGGGUUUUUAUCGUCGAUGAAGACUGGAGUGAAAGUUAUUGAUAUGACUGGACCAGAGCAACGUGUUUAUAGUGGAUAUGACUCAUUCUCAUUGAAGAGCAGGUUUCUUGUGGUUCUCAACUUGUUUGUUUGGAUGAAAAGAAACACUUCUGCCAGCGACGGCUUAUCAGCAGCUGUAAACACUGCUGAGGAACAGCUUUACAUCGUAGGUAUAGGUUGGACGUUCCCAGUUAGUUUCAAUGAUACGAAUGACCGUGACGUUUUCGAUGUUCCGGAACUGAUGCACAAUUUGAACCUUCUCGUUGAUUUGACUGAGGAGAGUAUUCGCAGAAACGACAGUCAACUGAAAUCCAUUAAGGAUCGAACAACAGCGCUAGAGUAUGAUCUUACACAAUCUAAAGCUAUGUUGGAGACCGAAGAGAGAGACUCCGAACGAAUUAAAGAGGUCCAUGAUCUUAUUGAGAAAUUUUCGCAGCGGAGUGGAGCAGAUGUUCCGUCUAUAAACGAAUGUCAGCAACUUUUUGUGAAACUCAGGACGGAAUACAAAGAAGAGUACCAUCUGUUCAACAUUGAAUCCCUUGCUGUUCCCCUUAUUGUUGAGUACUUUUCUAAGUGGCGACCUCUUGAUCCGGACCAUCUCAUCUAUGGUGUUGACCUGAUGAAAGAGUGGCGGGAUAUUCUAGUAGAUCCCGAAAAAGUUUCUAUGUUUACAGAUCGCCUAAGUGCUUAUGACCGACUAUUAUGGGAAGGUUGGCUUCCAUCUCUUCGACGGUCAUCCUUAGAUUGGGAUCCACGUGACCAAAUGGAGCCUAUGCUACGCAUUAUUGAGAUGUGGUUACCGGUUCUCCCUGGUUGGAUGAAAGAAAAUAUUCUUGAGCAGGUGAUCAUCCCACGCAUUGCCGAUCGAGUAUCGUCUUGGGAUCCUCUCACGGACAAUGUGCCCAUUCAUUCAUGGCUUGUACCUUGGUUAGCUGUUCUUGGAGAUCGUCUUCAACCGGUUUUAGCACCAAUUAGACAAAAAUUGGCAAAAGCACUCCGAUUAUGGAACCCAACGGAUCGUAGCGCAAUGGCCAUUCUUAAACCAUGGUGUGGAGUUUGGGCUCCUGCUACAAUGUCAGCGUUUCUUGCACAGAACGUAGUUCCUAAGUUGGAAAAAUGUCUCGAUACUAUGAAUUUAAAUCCACGAGAAAAUAAAAAAUACGAGGAAUGGUAUGCAUGCAUGUCUUGGAUAGGAAUGAUCUCCGCUGAGGUUAUGACCAGCGUCGUCACUAAAUAUUUCUUUCCCAGGUGGUAUACAGCACUGUGUCAGUGGCUUGAUUCUCCCAGAGCUAUUAUAGACGAAGUAAAGUUAUGGUAUCGGGAGUGGGAUGCAAGGAUUCCACUCCAAAUACGCGACUUUCCUACAAUUAAAGAGAAUCUUCGGAGAGGCAUGGUGGCUUUAAUGGAAUCGUCGCAAGGUCUUAGAGUGUAUUCCGCGCCGCUACCACCGCCCGUUGUUCAAGCUGCACCUCCUCCUCCACCUCUCGCCGCUGUCAUGAGGUAUCCAUUAGCAAAUGCCAUAUCCAUCUCAUCAUCGCAGAUGUCUCUUAAAGAAAUGCUUGAGAGAAUGGCUGCUCAACAUGAUCUAACUCACAUUCCACAGCGUGAUCGCUUUAAAGACGUUUCCUCACUUCGUCUUCAUUUGAUGCUUUCAUCUAGAGAAGUUACUCAGGUGUAUUGGUUCGGGACGCAGUCUAUCUAUUUGGAUCGAAAUAUUGUCUACCUAAUGGAUACUCAAUCGUUUUCAUGGCGUCCAGUUGGUAUGGAAGAGUUGUUGCAGUUAGCCGGCGUCAACUGA